AUGGUUGCUGCUGCUUGCAUUUGCAGUGUCUCACAACUCACAAUGGUUUCAUGGAAUGCAAAGGGUCAACCAAUUGAACCUGGUGGAACAAUAUUCAUUAGUUAUCUCGGGUCCAUUGUCCGAUCUAACAUUCCUAUAACAUGUGAUAAUUGGAAAGUUUCGACUCUAAGUGCCUAUAAGAACAUGGUUUGGAAGGAUAUACAAUUAACUUUUAAUGUUGAUGUAUCACACAAGAAACAUGUACUAAAGGUGGCAGGUAAAUUGCUUAGGAAUUUUAGAACUUACUUGGCUAAUUGUUAUCUAAAGGAUGAGAAUGGAAAUUAUUUAGAUAGUCCACCUAUUCAACCUCCUGAGCAGUAUGCAUCCAUGAUCACUGAGGAUGUUUGGAGAAAAUUUGUUGCAAAACGUAUGGAUGAAUCUUUUCAGGAAAUAAGCAAAAAAAACAAGGAGAGGGCAUCACACUCUAAUAAGUACCCUUAUAGGGCCUCACGUAAGGGGUAUGCACGCCUCGAGCAAGAAAUGAUAAAGAAAUCAGGAUCAAAUGUUACAAGUGUUCCCCGUCAAGAAUUGUGGAAGAAUGCUCGUGUGAACAAAGCUGGAGAAAUUGAAAAUGAAAAUGUUCAACAAGUAUGGGAUAAAUGUGAAUUGUUAUCACAGAGUAUACAUCCAGAGGACAUAACUGAUGCUCGUUCAGACAUUCUUUCUCAAGCUUUAUGUGUCCCAGAGUAUCCUGGUCGUGUUAGGGGUGUGGGAUUUGGAGUCACUCACAAAGACUAUUUUCCACCAAAAAAGCGACACAAACAACAGGAGCAUGAUUUAUUAAUUGCUCAAAUAAGAGACAUGAGUGCAAGAAUGGCACGAAUGGAAAAAGAGAUGUUGUCACUUAGACAAAAGGACUCAUCGGAUAGUACAAAACAAUUUGAUGCUUGUAACAGUAGUGGCAAAGGGAGUUGCACAAUCCCAUCUAAUAGCUUUCAUGAGGGGGUCUCAUGUUGUAAAUUAUUUGUAUCAUCACCGUUACUUUGCUUGGUUGCCCAUGGAAAGUUGCAUAAUAUUCAAAGUGAUACAUUGCAUGGGAGAUCUCUACCGCCACUAAUUAAAAAAACUCAUUAA